AUGUUUUGGUGGACCAGCACGAUUUUUUUAUUUGUAAUUUUCAAAUUUACGUUUUGUUCAAGUGAGUUGAUUUAAAAUGCAUAAAGAAGAAAGAACCAAAAAUUUUCGUUUUUUUUUCUGCAGGAGAUGCUUUGAUGGAUGAAAAUGGCGAUUUCUUGCCGCAUAUCCGGUUAGCAAAAGAUUUAAUGGAUCCGAGAAGGUUUGGGGAUUUUUUUCCGCGGAUUUCCAAAGGAAAAUUGUUCAUUUAGGUAUGACAAUCGUGUUCGCCCAGUCAUGAAUCAUUCAAAACCUACAAAUGUCAAAUUUUCAAUGAGUUUAUAUCAAAUUCUAUCGAUUGUAAGUUGAAAGACCAACAAAAAAUCUAUCACCUGACUCAAACUCAAAAACCAAAUGUGAAUUAUUCACAAAUUUUCAACCUUGCUUUCUUGUCAUAAUCACUCAAGCAUAAUUUUUUCCACAGAAUGAAAAACAACAAAACAUCGAUUUGAAUGUUUGGGCGAUCCAGGAAUGGACUGAUGAUUUUCUAGGGUGGAAUCCUUAUCUUUACGGGAUGAUUAACACAACAAUUCUACCGUAUACAGCAAUCUGGUUGCCUGACACUUAUCUUUACAAUAGGUUUGUACCUUUCUCGUUAGAUCUUCUUUGAAAACUUUGAAAACAUUCAAUUUUUAAGCGUUGUUAUGAAUCGCGAAGAAACUGAAAGAUAUAUAAAUGUAGUUAUAACAACAAAUUAUUGGAAAGGUAAAUCUGGAGCUGAAGUCAAAUUAAUGUAUCCCGCAUUAUAUCGAACAAGUUGUCUACUUGAUAUUCGAUUCUUCCCUUAUGAUCAACAAUCUUGUAAAUUAACAAUAUCAUCUUGGACAUCUUCAGCUGCAGAUAUAACAUAUGAGCCAGCACAUGCUACUGUUAAUAUGGAUAAUUUUAUACCAAAUGAAGAAUGGGUUGUUGUAAAUUUCAAAGUCAAUCGAACAGUUCAAACAUUCAAAUGUUGUCCAGAACCAUGGAUUCUUCUUGAUGCAAUUCUGAUAGUUCGGAGAAAACCAUUAUAUUAUAUUGUGAAUCUUGUUAUUCCAACUUCAGUUAUCACACUUGUUGCAGUUACUGGGUUCUUCACAGCAGCUUCGACAAGUUCUGAAAGGUGGGUUUAGGAAACUAAUCAUUUUGGAAAUUGGGGAGCAGAGUCAAUUUUUUGAGUGAACUAAUUAUGUCAAAAAGAGUAGGAAACAGUUAUAUGGGAAAAACUAAGAAAAAAUUAUUGGCAACUUUUUUAUCUGGGAUAUGGAAAUUUUCUGUUCUCCGAAUCUCCGAAUUUUGUGAAUCAACCAAAAAAAUUCGAAGAGUCUCCGAAUUUUGUGAAUCAACCAAAAAAUUCGAAGAGUCUCCGAAUUUUGUGAAUCAACCAAAAAAUUCGAAGGGUCUCCGAAUUUUGUGAAUCAACCAAAAAAUUCGAAGAGUCUCCGAAUUUUGUGAAUCAACCAAAAAAAUUCGAAGAGUCUCCGAAUUUUGUGAAUCAACCAAAAAAAUUCGAAGGGUCUCCGAAUUUUGUGAAUCAACCAAAAAAAUUCGAAGAGUCUCCGAAUUUUGUGAAUCAACCAAAAAAAUUCGAAGGGUCUCCGAAUUUUGUGAAUCAACCAAAAAAAUUCGAAGAGUCUCCGAAUUUUGUGAAUCAACCAAAAAAAUUCGAAGGGUCUCCGAAUUUUGUGAAUCAACCAAAAAAAUUCGAAGAGUCUCCGAAUUUUGUGAAUCAACCAAAAAAAUUCGAAGAGUCUCCGAAUUUUGUGAAUCAACCAAAAUAAUUCGAAGGGUCUCCGAAUUUUGUGAAUCAACCAAAAAAAUUCGAAGAGUCUCCGAAUUUUGUGAAUCAACCAAAAAAAUUCGAAGGGUCUCCGAAUUUUGUGAAUCAACCAAAAAAAUUCGAAGAGUCUCCGAAUUUUGUGAAUCAACCAAAAUAAUUCGAAGGGUCUCCGAAUUUUGUGAAUCAACCAAAAAAAUUGGAAGAGUCUCCGAAUUUUGUGAAUCAACCAAAAAAAUUCGAAGAGUCUCCGAAUUUUGUGAAUCAACCAAAAAAAUUCGAAGAGUCUCCGAAUUUUGUGAAUCAACCAAAAAAUUCGAAGAGUCUCCGAAUUUUGUGAAUCAACCAAAAAAAUUGGAAGAGUCUCCGAAUUUUGUGAAUCAACCAAAAAAAUUGGAAGAGUCUCCGAAUUUUGUGAAUCAACCAAAAAAAUUCGAAGAGUCUCCGAAUUUUGUGAAUCAACCAAAAAAAUUCGAAGGGUCUCCGAAUUUUGUGAAUCAACCAAAAAAAUUCGAAGAGUCUCCGAAUUUUGUGAAUCAACCAAAAAAAUUCGAAGAGUCUCCGAAUUUUGUGAAUCAACCAAAAAAAUUCGAAGAGUCUCCGAAUUUUGUGAAUCAACCAAAAAAUUCGAAGAGUCUCCGAAUUUUGUGAAUCAACCAAAAAAUUCGAAGAGUCUCCGAAUUUUGUGAAUCAACCAAAAAAAUUCGAAGAGUCUCCGAAUUUUGUGAAUCAACCAAAAUAAUUCGAAGGGUCUCCGAAUUUUGUGAAUCAACCAAAAAAAUUGGAAGAGUCUCCGAAUUUUGUGAAUCAACCAAAAAAAUUCGAAGAGUCUCCGAAUUUUGUGAAUCAACCAAAAAAAUUCGAAGAGUCUCCGAAUUUUGUGAAUCAACCAAAAAAAUUCGAAGAGUCUCCGAAUUUUGUGAAUCAACCAAAAAAAUUGGAAGAGUCUCCGAAUUUUGUGAAUCAACCAAAAAAAUUGGAAGAGUCUCCGAAUUUUGUGAAUCAACCAAAAAAAUUCGAAGAGUCUCCGAAUUUUGUGAAUCAACCAAAAAAAUUCGAAGGGUCUCCGAAUUUUGUGAAUCAACCAAAAAAAUUCGAAGAGUCUCCGAAUUUUGUGAAUCAACCAAAAAAUUCGAAGAGUCUCCGAAUUUUGUGAAUCAACCAAAAAAUUCGAAGAGUCUCCGAAUUUUGUGAAUCAACCAAAAAAUUCGAAGGGUCUCCGAAUUUUGUGAAUCAACCAAAAAAAUUCGAAGAGUCUCCGAAUUUUGUGAAUCAACCAAAAAAAUUGGAAGAGUCUCCGAAUUUUGUGAAUCAACCAAAAAAUUCGAAGAGUCUCCGAAUUUUGUGAAUCAACCAAAAAAUUCGAAGAGUCUCCGAAUUUUGUGAAUCAACCAAAAAAUUCGAAGGGUCUCCGAAUUUUGUGAAUCAACCAAAAAAAUUGGAAGAGUCUCCGAAUUUUGUGAAUCAACCAAAAAAAUUCGAAGAGUCUCCGAAUUUUGUGAAUCAACCAAAAAAAUUGGAAGAGUCUCCGAAUUUUGUGAAUCAACCAAAAAAAUUCGAAGAGUCUCCGAAUUUUGUGAAUCAACCAAAAAAUUCGAAGAGUCUCCGAAUUUUGUGAAUCAACCAAAAAAAUUCGAAGAGUCUCCGAAUUUUGUGAAUCAACCAAAAAAUUCGAAGGGUCUCCGAAUUUUGUGAAUCAACCAAAAAAUUCGAAGGGUCUCCGAAUUUUGUGAAUCAACCAAAAAAAUUCGAAGAGUCUCCGAAUUUUGUGAAUCAACCAAAAUAAUUCGAAGGGUCUCCGAAUUUUGUGAAUCAACCAAAAAAAUUGGAAGAGUCUCCGAAUUUUGUGAAUCAACCAAAAAAUUCGAAGAGUCUCCGAAUUUUGUGAAUCAACCAAAAAAAUUCGAAGAGUCUCCGAAUUUUGUGAAUCAACCAAAAAAAUUCGAAGGGUCUCCGAAUUUUGUGAAUCAACCAAAAAAAUUCGAAGAGUCUCCGAAUUUUGUGAAUCAACCAAAAAAAUUGGAAGAGUCUCCGAAUUUUGUGAAUCAACCAAAAAAAUUCGAAGAGUCUCCGAAUUUUGUGAAUCAACCAAAAAAAUUCGAAGAGUCUCCGAAUUUUGUGAAUCAACCAAAAAAAUUCGAAGGGUCUCCGAAUUUUGUGAAUCAACCAAAAAAAUUCGAAGAGUCUCCGAAUUUUGUGAAUCAACCAAAAAAAUUGGAAGAGUCUCCGAAUUUUGUGAAUCAACCAAAAAAUUCGAAGAGUCUCCGAAUUUUGUGAAUCAACCAAAAAAAUUCGAAGAGUCUCCGAAUUUUGUGAAUCAACCAAAAAAAUUCGAAGGGUCUCCGAAUUUUGUGAAUCAACCAAAAAAUUCGAAGAGUCUCCGAAUUUUGUGAAUCAACCAAAAAAAUUGGAAGAGUCUCCGAAUUUUGUGAAUCAACCAAAAAAAUUCGAAGAGUCUCCGAAUUUUGUGAAUCAACCAAAAAAUUCGAAGAGUCUCCGAAUUUUGUGAAUCAACCAAAAAAAUUCGAAGAGUCUCCGAAUUUUGUGAAUCAACCAAAAAAUUCGAAGGGUCUCCGAAUUUUGUGAAUCAACCAAAAAAAUUCGAAGAGUCUCCGAAUUUUGUGAAUCAACCAAAAAAUUGGAAGAGUCUCCGAAUUUUGUGAAUCAACCAAAAAAAUUCGAAGAGUCUCCGAAUUUUGUGAAUCAACCAAAAAAAUUCGAAGGGUCUCCGAAUUUUGUGAAUCAACCAAAAAAAUUCGAAGAGUCUCCGAAUUUUGUGAAUCAACCAAAAUAAUUCGAAGGGUCUCCGAAUUUUGUGAAUCAACCAAAAAAUUCGAAGGGUCUCCGAAUUUUGUGAAUCAACCAAAAAAAUUCGAAGAGUCUCCGAAUUUUGUGAAUCAACCAAAAAAAUUGGAAGAGUCUCCGAAUUUUGUGAAUCAACCAAAAAAUUCGAAGAGUCUCCGAAUUUUGUGAAUCAACCAAAAAAAUUCGAAGAGUCUCCGAAUUUUGUGAAUCAACCAAAAAAUUCGAAGGGUCUCCGAAUUUUGUGAAUCAACCAAAAAAUUGGAAGAGUCUCCGAAUUUUGUGAAUCAACCAAAAAAAUUCGAAGAGUCUCCGAAUUUUGUGAAUCAACCAAAAAAAUUGGAAGAGUCUCCGAAUUUUGUGAAUCAACCAAAAAAAUUCGAAGAGUCUCCGAAUUUUGUGAAUCAACCAAAAAAAUUCGAAGGGUCUCCGAAUUUUGUGAAUCAACCAAAAAAUUCGAAGAGUCUCCGAAUUUUGUGAAUCAACCAAAAAAUUCGAAGAGUCUCCGAAUUUUGUGAAUCAACCAAAAUAAUUCGAAGGGUCUCCGAAUUUUGUGAAUCAACCAAAAAAUUCGAAGAGUCUCCGAAUUUUGUGAAUCAACCAAAAAAAUUCGAAGGGUCUCCGAAUUUUGUGAAUCAACCAAAAAAAUUCGAAGAGUCUCCGAAUUUUGUGAAUCAACCAAAAAAAUUCGAAGAGUCUCCGAAUUUUGUGAAUCAACCAAAAUAAUUCGAAGGGUCUCCGAAUUUUGUGAAUCAACCAAAAAAAUUCGAAGAGUCUCCGAAUUUUGUGAAUCAACCAAAAAAAUUCGAAGGGUCUCCGAAUUUUGUGAAUCAACCAAAAAAUUCGAAGAGUCUCCGAAUUUUGUGAAUCAACCAAAAUAAUUCGAAGGGUCUCCGAAUUUUGUGAAUCAACCAAAAAAAUUGGAAGAGUCUCCGAAUUUUGUGAAUCAACCAAAAAAAUUCGAAGAGUCUCCGAAUUUUGUGAAUCAACCAAAAAAAUUCGAAGAGUCUCCGAAUUUUGUGAAUCAACCAAAAAAAUUCGAAGGGUCUCCGAAUUUUGUGAAUCAACCAAAAAAAUUCGAAGAGUCUCCGAAUUUUGUGAAUCAACCAAAAAAUUCGAAGAGUCUCCGAAUUUUGUGAAUCAACCAAAAAAAUUCGAAGAGUCUCCGAAUUUUGUGAAUCAACCAAAAAAUUCGAAGGGUCUCCGAAUUUUGUGAAUCAACCAAAAAAUUCGAAGAGUCUCCGAAUUUUGUGAAUCAACCAAAAAAAUUCGAAGGGUCUCCGAAUUUUGUGAAUCAACCAAAAAAAUUCGAAGAGUCUCCGAAUUUUGUGAAUCAACCAAAAAAAUUCGAAGAGUCUCCGAAUUUUGUGAAUCAACCAAAAUAAUUCGAAGGGUCUCCGAAUUUUGUGAAUCAACCAAAAAAUUCGAAGAGUCUCCGAAUUUUGUGAAUCAACCAAAAAAAUUCGAAGGGUCUCCGAAUUUUGUGAAUCAACCAAAAAAAUUCGAAGAGUCUCCGAAUUUUGUGAAUCAACCAAAAUAAUUCGAAGGGUCUCCGAAUUUUGUGAAUCAACCAAAAAAAUUGGAAGAGUCUCCGAAUUUUGUGAAUCAACCAAAAAAAUUCGAAGAGUCUCCGAAUUUUGUGAAUCAACCAAAAAAAUUCGAAGAGUCUCCGAAUUUUGUGAAUCAACCAAAAAAAUUCGAAGAGUCUCCGAAUUUUGUGAAUCAACCAAAAAAAUUGGAAGAGUCUCCGAAUUUUGUGAAUCAACCAAAAAAAUUGGAAGAGUCUCCGAAUUUUGUGAAUCAACCAAAAAAAUUCGAAGAGUCUCCGAAUUUUGUGAAUCAACCAAAAAAAUUCGAAGGGUCUCCGAAUUUUGUGAAUCAACCAAAAAAUUCGAAGAGUCUCCGAAUUUUGUGAAUCAACCAAAAAAAUUCGAAGAGUCUCCGAAUUUUGUGAAUCAACCAAAAAAAUUCGAAGAGUCUCCGAAUUUUGUGAAUCAACCAAAAAAAUUCGAAGAGUCUCCGAAUUUUGUGAAUCAACCAAAAAAUUCGAAGAGUCUCCGAAUUUUGUGAAUCAACCAAAAAAAUUCGAAGAGUCUCCGAAUUUUGUGAAUCAACCAAAAUAAUUCGAAGGGUCUCCGAAUUUUGUGAAUCAACCAAAAAAAUUGGAAGAGUCUCCGAAUUUUGUGAAUCAACCAAAAAAAUUCGAAGAGUCUCCGAAUUUUGUGAAUCAACCAAAAAAUUCGAAGAGUCUCCGAAUUUUGUGAAUCAACCAAAAAAAUUGGAAGAGUCUCCGAAUUUUGUGAAUCAACCAAAAAAAUUGGAAGAGUCUCCGAAUUUUGUGAAUCAACCAAAAAAUUCGAAGAGUCUCCGAAUUUUGUGAAUCAACCAAAAAAAUUCGAAGGGUCUCCGAAUUUUGUGAAUCAACCAAAAAAUUCGAAGGGUCUCCGAAUUUUGUGAAUCAACCAAAAAAAUUCGAAGAGUCUCCGAAUUUUGUGAAUUAACCAAAAAAAUUCGAAGAGUCUCCGAAUUUUGUGAAUCAACCAAAAAAAUUCGAAGAGUCUCCGAAUUUUGUGAAUCAACCAAAAAAUUCGAAGGGUCUCCGAAUUUUGUGAAUCAACCAAAAAAAUUCGAAGAGUCUCCGAAUUUUGUGAAUCAACCAAAAAAAUUGGAAGAGUCUCCGAAUUUUGUGAAUCAACCAAAAAAAUUCGAAGGGUCUCCGAAUUUUGUGAAUCAACCAAAAAAAUUCGAAGAGUCUCCGAAUUUUGUGAAUCAACCAAAAAAUUCGAAGGGUCUCCGAAUUUUGUGAAUCAACCAAAAAAUUCGAAGAGUCUCCGAAUUUUGUGAAUCAACCAAAAAAAUUCGAAGAGUCUCCGAAUUUUGUGAAUCAACCAAAAAAAUUGGAAGAGUCUCCGAAUUUUGUGAAUCAACCAAAAAAUUCGAAGAGUCUCCGAAUUUUGUGAAUCAACCAAAAAAUUCGAAGGGUCUCCGAAUUUUGUGAAUCAACCAAAAAAUUCGAAGAGUCUCCGAAUUUUGUGAAUCAACCAAAAAAAUUGGAAGAGUCUCCGAAUUUUGUGAAUCAACCAAAAAAUUCGAAGGGUCUCCGAAUUUUGUGAAUCAACCAAAAAAAUUCGAAGAGUCUCCGAAUUUUGUGAAUCAACCAAAAAAAUUCGAAGAGUCUCCGAAUUUUGUGAAUCAACCAAAAAAAUUGGAAGAGUCUCCGAAUUUUGUGAAUCAACCAAAAAAAUUCGAAGAGUCUCCGAAUUUUGUGAAUCAACCAAAAAAUUCGAAGGGUCUCCGAAUUUUGUGAAUCAACCAAAAAAAUUCGAAGAGUCUCCGAAUUUUGUGAAUCAACCAAAAAAUUCGAAGAGUCUCCGAAUUUUGUGAAUCAACCAAAAAAAUUCGAAGAGUCUCCGAAUUUUGUGAAUCAACCAAAAAAAUUCGAAGGGUCUCCGAAUUUUGUGAAUCAACCAAAAAAAUUCGAAGAGUCUCCGAAUUUUGUGAAUCAACCAAAAAAAUUCGAAGGGUCUCCGAAUUUUGUGAAUCAACCAAAAAAAUUCGAAGAGUCUCCGAAUUUUGUGAAUCAACCAAAAAAAUUCGAAGAGUCUCCGAAUUUUGUGAAUCAACCAAAAAAAUUCGAAGGGUCUCCGAAUUUUGUGAAUCAACCAAAAAAUUGGAAGAGUCUCCGAAUUUUGUGAAUCAACCAAAAAAAUUGGAAGAGUCUCCGAAUUUUGUGAAUCAACCAAAAAAAUUCGAAGAGUCUCCGAAUUUUGUGAAUCAACCAAAAAAAUUCGAAGAGUCUCCGAAUUUUGUGAAUCAACCAAAAAAAUUCGAAGAGUCUCCGAAUUUUGUGAAUCAACCAAAAAAAUUCGAAGAGUCUCCGAAUUUUGUGAAUCAACCAAAAAAAUUCGAAGGGUCUCCGAAUUUUGUGAAUCAACCAAAAAAAUUCGAAGAGUCUCCGAAUUUUGUGAAUCAACCAAAAAAAUUGGAAGAGUCUCCGAAUUUUGUGAAUCAACCAAAAAAAUUCGAAGAGUCUCCGAAUUUUGUGAAUCAACCAAAAAAUUCGAAGAGUCUCCGAAUUUUGUGAAUCAACCAAAAAAAUUCGAAGGGUCUCCGAAUUUUGUGAAUCAACCAAAAAAAUUCGAAGAGUCUCCGAAUUUUGUGAAUCAACCAAAAAAAUUGGAAGAGUCUCCGAAUUUUGUGAAUCAACCAAAAAAAUUCGAAGAGUCUCCGAAUUUUGUGAAUCAACCAAAAAAAUUGGAAGAGUCUCCGAAUUUUGUGAAUCAACCAAAAAAAUUGGAAGAGUCUCCGAAUUUUGUGAAUCAACCAAAAAAAUUCGAAGAGUCUCCGAAUUUUGUGAAUCAACCAAAAAAUUCGAAGGGUCUCCGAAUUUUGUGAAUCAACCAAAAAAAUUCGAAGGGUCUCCGAAUUUUGUGAAUCAACCAAAAAAAUUCGAAGAGUCUCCGAAUUUUGUGAAUCAACCAAAAAAAUUCGAAGAGUCUCCGAAUUUUGUGAAUCAACCAAAAAAUUCGAAGAGUCUCCGAAUUUUGUGAAUCAACCAAAAAAAAAUUCGAAGAGUCUCCGAAUUUUGUGAAUCAACCAAAAAAAUUCGAAGAGUCUCCGAAUUUUGUGAAUCAACCAAAAAAUUCGAAGGGUCUCCGAAUUUUGUGAAUCAACCAAAAAAAUUCGAAGAGUCUCCGAAUUUUGUGAAUCAACCAAAAAAAUUCGAAGGGUCUCCGAAUUUUGUGAAUCAACCAAAAAAUUCGAAGAGUCUCCGAAUUUUGUGAAUCUACCAAAAAAAUUCGAAGGGUCUCCGAAUUUUGUGAAUCAACCAAAAAAAUUCGAAGGGUCUCCGAAUUUUGUGAAUCAACCAAAAAAAAAAAUCAAACAAUCAUAACUUUUUUAUUUUUUAAGAUUUUUCGGAAUUUCGACAAGCAUUUUGACGGGCUUGACGUUGGCUACAUUUUUUGUGUUAACACCAACUCCCGUACUUUGCUCCUAAGGGGUGAAAAACAUGUUUUUUCUCUCAAAAAUGUCAUUUUUCGAUGUAAAUUUGAACAAAAACAUGUUUUUCACCCCUUAGGAGCAAAGUACGAAAGUUGGUGUUACAAACUAUUUUUUGCAGACGUGAAAAACUAUCACUUGGAAUUGACUCACUUCUCGCCAUGUCUAUUUUAAUGAUGAUGGUUUCUGAACAAAUGCCAACAUCAUCUGAUUUCGUUCCAUUAUUCGGAAUUUUCUAUCUUUCUAUCAUUUUCAUAAUCUUCUUGGGAACUAUUUUCACCGCAUUUAUACUCAAUGUUCAUCUACAAAAAAUGUACACUAAACCUGUCUCUCCUAUAAUUGCUUUCUUGUUUUUCGGAAAGGUAAGUGUUUCUCAAUCAAAAAACAUUUGUGAUUAUCUGAAACAUCAAUAGAUUGCUCAAUGGCUUCGAAUGCGCCCUCCAACAAUGUUACUCGAAUUAUGGAAUGAGACGGGUGUAACAUUCGGUAGAAAACCCGUUAAGAAACCCAGGAAAAUGGAUAAACAAAAACUGAUGAAAGUGACGUCGACGUCUUCGGGAUUGAGUUUGAUCAAGGGUGGAGAAACGAGAAGUAGUAUGAAAGCACCAUUGGCGCCACCAAUUAGUGCAAGAUCUUAUGUGUGAGUUGGUGGGAAAGGGUGGAAUUGACCCGCAAAAUACCGGGUGAAAAUAUUCAAAAAAUAGUUAUGCUGAACUAUAAUUAACAAAGUUCAAUUUCAAAAUGAGAGAAUCCAAAUUGCUCAGAAGCGAAUUUUUUUAGAAGUGUUCAAAAGUGCUUCAAAAUAUCUUCAUAACUUUCACACCAUUUUCCUGAUUAUAUUCAAAAACUUUUCAGAUCCAUGGACGAUGAAGUGAAACGCGAACGAGCCCGAAAAAAUUGGCACCGAAUUGUGAAUAAAGUUCAAGAAAACAAAGGUCAAAUCGAGAACAACGGUGGUGUUGUUGUGAAUGGAAAAACAAGUGGGAUAUUUUAAUUUUUUGUUGAAUCGACAAUUUCAAAAUUGAAAAAUAAUUUCAGGUUACGGUGAGCGCGGUCAACUUCGUCAAGUCAACCAACGACGAAAGCCACCAGCAAUUCCACUUCCACAAAAUGAACCGGGACCAUUAAUGUUGUCAGCGUCUGCAAUUUCAGCAUUUUCAACAACUGGCGAUUCGACAAUUUUGGAGAGUAAAUUGAAGAGAAGGUGAUAACAGAAAUCAAGAAAAAUUAAAGAAAAUGAAUGAGUUUCAGAUAUGCGUUAGAAUGGGAAUAUCUGGCGUCAGUUCUGGAUCGUGUUUUGUUGAUUGUUUUUUCGAUUGCUGUUUUUCUUGUCACUUCAAUUAUGAUGAUGGUAGGCCGGGCCAUGCAUUUUAAAUAUUCACUUGAGGAAGACUAACUUGGCUCCCACUGUUCACAGCUUCUUUUUUUGCUUUUUCUUCUCAACGAGGUGAUUUUUUUGGCUAAUGUAUCUUUUUUGGAUUUGAUUGAUGAUGAUAAUGCAUUAACUAAUAAAUGUAUAUAUAUUUGUGACUUUCUUUCUUUUUUUUGGUGUUUUGUGUGUGAUUGCUAAACUGUUUCACAGUUAUUUGGGGGUUGAGCUUGCAAAGAUUUAAUUUCAGGAAAAAUUCAAACUAUAGAUUAUCGAAAUGUUUAACUGGAAUUUUGAUUUUUCGGUGUUGGGACCCAAAGAACUCAUUAUCUCAUUUUAAAAUUUCUCCGUGUGUCAAAAAAGUUCCAAAUUUUUCCAGGAUGCUCAAUUCCUCGGCUCGCUCAUCUACAAUAUUCCAGCCGAUUAUUUCGCCUAA